AUGAACCUUAUCCGGUUCGUUCUUCUCACAAUACUUGGUGGUUGCCUAGGAACAAAUUCAAAGAGGAAAUCGGAAGAAUUCGAUCUGCCUAUCGUGAUUAAUGCCACUGGUCUGUCGCCAUGUGCUCAUAAUUGUCUAGAUUCUUUGGUGGUAACAUCGAAAAACGAGAACGUGAGACAAAUCUCUAAAGCUGGUGGGGAUCAUAAAAUUCUACUAAAGGAGUUUGCACCAAUCUGCACCUCUACCGGUUGCAUGACCGCUUGUAUCGCAGACCUUCUGAAUAAGAAAUGUGGUACGCCGUCUGGAUCGAUCAUUGUGGAGUCCCUGCUUAGACCACUCAGCAUAACCUCAGCAUUGUUAGAAGAGUUAGGGCUUCGCGCAAAAUUGAAGGUUCAAAAGCAGCUUCCGCAACCGUGUCAAUACAUCAUGGAAAAGAGGCAGCUUGAAGGAAUUGUUAAGGGAAUUCCACCAAAGGUAGAUGGAAUUGUUCAAGAAAAGCAGCAAGUUGAGAGGAAAAGUGAAAUCGAAGCACCCGAGGAAAAACUAGAAGAACACAAGCCUGAUGGAAUUGAAGAAAAGCAGCAAGUUGAGAGGAAAAGUGAAAUCGAAGCACCCGAGAAAAAACUAGAAGAACACAAGCCUGUACUACCAAAACCCAGAUUAUCACCGAAAGGUUUCACGGGCGAAGCUAAGGGCGUAGUGCUCAUUGCUGCGGGAACGGCCAAAGUAACUAAACAAGAUAAAGAAAGAAAGGAAGAAGAACUCGCGAAGCAUCCAGAAGAGAGACUGCGACAAAUUCAUCCAAGAGAGGCGGUUCCGACAUCCUUAUCUAAGAAUAAGCCAGAUGCACGACAGUCAAAGCCUCAGUCCCAACCAAAGGACUCCUCAAAAUCAACUCGACGAUUUAGCGAAAAUGAAGAAAAAUCUCGUAACACACAAACUGUAAUAAUACAACUCUCUCCACAACCCAAGCAAGGCCCAACA